UCUACCCUUCAUUCCAACUUCUUUCUCCACACCUUGCCUCUUACUACAUACAUAUCUCUUCCACUUUUCUCCUACAAUUUCCAUACAACUUCAAAUUCAGCACCUCCCUAACUAGCCAUAUCAAUCUCUUUUCACCCUCCUAACUCAUCAUUUCUAACUUUCUUAGUUAGUCUUUUUUUAUUAUACCAAAUUAAUUUCAUGUCAAAAAUGUACAAGAUGGAGAAAACAUCUUCAAAACAUGACAGAUUCUUAAACCCUUCAUUCUCUUCCACACUCUUAGACCAAAUUUACCGUUCCAUCGACGACGAUGGCAAAGAACGAAAAUCAACCACGGAAACAGCCAAAUUCUUCAGAGAACAAAAACCAACGGUUAUCAACAAACUACCAACCGACAGAAAACAUAACAACAACAACAACUACAAACCAAAAACUGAAAAAACCGUUUCUGUCGUGAAAACUGACAACAACAGAAGAUUAAAUCAAAAUGAUCACGACCAAGAUGCUCUGUUCUUCAGUUCAACUUCAAUUUCCUCUGAUUCUAGCUCCGGUGGAUUCUCAUCCUCUGACACAGAUUCAUUAUACGGAACAAAGUCACGUGCUUCGUCGUGCUUUAUUCCACCGAGGCCAAAGCCGGUGAAAACAAGUGCUUCAUUCAGAUAUGAAAAUGAGAAGGAGAAACAGGGUAAUCGCGUUUUGAACGGGUUUUUUCGAAGUUCAGAAACCAAACAAGGCACAGAAAAUCGCCGGGAGGAAGUGAUUUUAAUAAAGAACAAAUCUAGAGCGGUUAAGAUUUACAACAACUUGAAGAAAGUGAAGCAACCAAUUUCGCCAGGUGGAAAACUUUCGAGUUUUCUUAAUUCUCUUUUUAAUAACAAUGAGAAGAAAACAAAGACCGAGGAACAGAAGAAGCAGAGAAACACAUGGGAGACUCAGGAUAGAAAAGUAACUUCCAUGUGUUCAUCUGCUUCUUCGUUUUCUCGGUCUUGUUUGAGCAAGACCGCGUCGUUUUCUCACAGAGAUAGUGAUAAAAUGGCGCGAGUUUGUGGUGUGGAAGAUCGUAGGGUUAAGGUGGAGGAGGCUACUAGAAAGUUUUUGAAUGAAUAUCGUUGUUAUAACUACAAGAAGAAGAAUGAUUUGGUUUUGUUAAAGGAUUUGUGUGUUAAUCUGAAUGAGGAAGAAGAAGAUGAUGAUGAUUUGGCAAGUUGUGCUAGUUCUGAUCUAUUUGAGUUGGAUCAUUUGGGUGUGUUGGGAGAUGAUAGGUAUUGUGAGGAACUUCCUGUGUUUGGGACUACUCGUGUUAAUUAAUUAUUGAUUAGUACUAAUAGUGUCAUUGUUAUUGGCUUCAUUGUAGUCUAGAAGAUUAUCAUAACAUAGAUAUAGCAAUAACAGAACCAUUUUGAUGUUUGUUUUUAGUUGUUUUGUUAAGUAUAUAUGUAUGAUUAAAUAAAAUGGUUUUGAUUGAAUGCAAAA